AAGGUUGCUUCCUGCUGUCAGGCACGGCGCCGGAAUCCCCAGCCGGAGCUCGAGCUGCGGACGUUGAGGCGGUAGAGCUGGGCACGAGCCUGAUCCCGGGGUUUCGUUGUCAUGUGUCUGGAACCAGCGACAUGGCGAGUCAGCUGCGGCGGCAGCACCAGGAGCAGAAACUGUUAAUGGUCGGCGUGAGGGCUGACUGGGCGGUGAAUGGGCUCGGGGAGUGCAGCCCGGCUCCGGCGCCUUGUUUACCUUAGUGUGGCCGCCUGGCAGACUCUCAGGGCCGGCUCCCGGAGAAUCCACCUCCCUGCUCCCUGCUUUCUCGGAAUCCCCAUCCCGGGUUUAUUAUGUUCUUCAUAAAGAUGGCGGAGAAACCACAGGCUGCCAACUAAUGACUGUCAGAAACAUCGCUUCAAUUUGUAAUAUGGCCCCUCUCCACGGCGAACUGGGCCACGGUCUUCUCCACAUCUACUAUCAGGAGCCUGGCCUUGAGCAUCCUGAACUAUGGGUGCACCAGAUCCCAUCACCUGCCUAGAGGAAGAAACCAUUUUAUUUUGUCCAUCACCAAUGCCACAGGAAUCAACUAGUAACGAAUAAUUUCUUUGAAGUACUGUUGCUGAAGGUCAGAGGUUGUGUUGGCAUUUUAUUAGCAGACACUGAAAUAAUGGAAUGUUGUUUAAAAGAUCCACGCGAUUCAGAAAGGGCACCAAUGCCUCUGCUCUGGAAAAAGACAUCGGUCCAGAGCAGUUCCCUAUCAAUGAACACUACUUUGGUUUGGUCAAUUUUGGGAACACCUGCUACUGUAACUCUGUGCUGCAAGCUCUCUACUUCUGCCGACCAUUUCGAGAGAAUGUACUUGCAUACAAGGCACAACAGAAGAAGAAGGAAAAUCUGUUGACAUGUUUGGCAGACCUGUUCCAUAGCAUUGCUACCCAGAAGAAAAAAGUUGGUGUGAUUCCUCCCAAGAAAUUCAUUUCUAGGCUACGUAAAGAAAAUGACUUGUUUGAUAACUACAUGCAACAAGAUGCACAUGAGUUUCUGAACUACCUAUUGAACACCAUCGCUGACAUCUUGCAGGAGGAGAAGAAGCAAGAGAAGCAGAAUGGGAAGUUGAAGAAUGGAAAUGCAAAUGAAGUAGAGGAGAACAGUAAGCCUGAACCAACCUGGGUGCAUGAGAUCUUUCAAGGAACACUCACUAAUGAGACACGAUGCCUGAACUGCGAAACGGUUAGCAGCAAAGAUGAAGAUUUUCUUGAUCUUUCAGUUGACGUGGAACAGAACACAUCAAUUACACAUUGCCUCAGAGAUUUCAGCAACACAGAAACACUGUGCAGUGAACACAAAUAUUAUUGUGAAACAUGUUGCAGUAAGCAGGAAGCUCAGAAAAGAAUGUGUGUCAAGAAGCUACCCAUGAUCCUUGCAUUACAUUUGAAGCGGUUCAAAUACAUGGAACAAUUACAUCGAUACACAAAACUCUCUUAUAGAGUAGUGUUUCCGCUGGAGUUGAGACUGUUUAAUACAUCAGGCGAUGCUAUUAAUUUGGACCGCAUGUAUGAUCUGGUGGCAGUUGUUGUUCACUGUGGCAGUGGCCCUAACCGUGGACACUAUAUAACUAUUGUAAAAAGCCAUGGCUUCUGGCUUUUGUUUGACGAUGAUAUUGUUGAGAAAAUUGAUGCUCAAGCAAUUGAAGAAUUCUAUGGCCUGACUUCGGACAUUUCAAAAAAUUCAGAGUCUGGAUAUAUUUUAUUUUAUCAGUCAAGAGAAUAAAUUGUAAACUAUUGGCCUGAAUAAUCAGGUAGAUAAAUAGUUAACUAGUCCAAACAUGCUCAGGACAUUGCCAACUGAUAGUUAGGACAUACGGUGUUUUCAGGGCCCUUUUUUUUUCUACAGGGCAUCAGAACAGGAUUCAUGGUUGUAUUUCAGGCAUUUGUCAGCUACUAGCAAAUGUGAUUUUACAAAAGAGUUCUGUAAGUCUGUAGUUUUGGCAAGGGAAUAUCCAGUCAAAAUACUAACAAAGAUAAUGCAAGUAUGCAUGCAAGUCUUCCCUAAUACAUGAAAGUAAGUUAUGGUAGUGUUCCAGAUGAGGUGCAUUUUCCUUUACUGAUCCAGUAUGCUCAUUUAUUUCUCUAAUAUCAGACCUUCGUGAAGAGGUCAUUUUAUCUUCACUCUUCCCCGUCUGCUUCUAAUACUAUUGGAGUUGAAGUUUGUCUGUCUAAAAUGACUACUAAUUCACUGGAUUUUAGGGCGUAAUUAAUUGAUUGUAUUGUGGCUGAUAAUGUGUCUAUAUCAAUGUAAAUGAAAAUAAUAUGGCAUUACAGACUCAUAAUUUUUAAAUAUUAAUUUCCCUUUUAAAAAACAGAUUUGUAUGUAAUUGAUGUAUAUCACAGAAAAUAUAACUUGGUUAACUUGGUUCAUUUUAGUUUUAUCAGCACCAAAUGAUGGUUUCUGAUUUUUGUAUAUGUAUUAAGGCCCUGUCUACUGAAAGAUCAAAAGUGGGGGAACAAAUCACAGGCAUGCGCUACUUUAUUUUGAUGCACAAUGAAAUUUAGUUUCAAGCUGAAUUUGGACCUCAUGAGCAGUCACCUUUUUAAAUGCUGCAGUGUUGUAUUUGGCAGCAUUUAAUUGUUUAGGUUUAUAAUCUAUGAUGGGAAGACACCUAUAGCUGGAUAGUACUAAAGGAUCAUAUUGAUCGUUGUUAAUGAUCAAGUAUAGUGUAUGGUUGUUUUUGGAAUGUAUUCUGGUAUUUUGUUUUAAUCAUAUCAUUUAUGGGAAUACAAUAAAUGUAUUAGAUGGAAUAGAAUGGUAUUUCUGCCAGAGAUUUGAGUAUCUAUCUUAAAGUAAGUAAACUUGUUGGAUAGCUUAAAUUUUAAAAGAAACAAAGUGCUCAGUCUCAAAACUGAAAUCUCAUUUCUGUAUACUGUAGAGUUGAAAACAUUGUGUUUGAUAUACUAUGUCGGUUCAAGUGUCUAUUAAUCUCAUACUUUUUAGAUUAUGGUUCAGAUCAGAUUAGAUUUGAUUUAUACAGUUCUAAUCAAAUUAAAGUGCUUCUUAAUUUAAAAUCUGACAACUAACAUUUUUAUUUGCAAAUUUGAGGCUGCUUUGUCUCUAGAUUUUUACCCUCUACAAAAUAUUUAUUAUUCUCUUAUUGACUUUGUUUCUGAAUUCACAUUCCUAGAUAGUUUACAUCAGAUUAGGGUAUAAAGAUAAUGGCUCACAAGAAACCUUGAGCGUUAAAAUAGCAAACUGUAUUUGGUCACCUUCCUGUUUUCCCUCUCACCAAAAAUUUACCUUGGCAAUUGAUUUGUUAUAAUUGUUUGCUUUACACCUUUUAUGAUGAGCUCCUAAAGUAAGGACCAUUUUAAAAAUUGAUGGAAAUUAGUAGAAUAGGAAACUUCCAACAGAUCUUUUUAACAAAGUGUGAAGCUGGAUGAACAC